AUGUCCUCGAUUACUAUACGCGUCGCUAAUGAAUCAGACAUUGACGAACUGGUUCUACUUAUGCGUGCGUAUUGUGAUAGUUCCGAUGAACCACAUGUAGCUAAGCCGAGUAGUGAAAGUCUUCUGACGCUGUGUCGAACGAUUGUGGAAAAUCCCAAAGAUGAAGGUGUCUAUCUCGUAGCACGACAGAGUAUUAAUGACAAUCAUCGCGUUAUGAUCGGAUUUGCAUCGUUAUUUUGGACGUGGACAUUUUUGCCUUAUCCUGGUCGACAGGCGCUUAUCAAUGAUCUGUACGUAACACCAGCAGUGCGCGGUUUAGGUGUAGCUGGCUCUUUGAUUCGCGCGUGUGAAGAUCAAGCUCGUCAACGGGGUGAUAUCAGGUCAAUUAUCUGGCAGACAGCACUAGAAAAUGUUUCCGCACAAAAAGUCUACGAACGUCUAGGUAUCAUUCCAAGUAAAUGCGUGGAUUACGAAAUCAAUUUAUUGAAAUAA